UAAUAAACAAGUGCAAAGUGGACUCUUUUACAAAAGCGCUUGAAUAAACGAUUGCAGUCGAAAUGAAGUCUUCGGCAUCGAUUAAGAAAAGGGAUGGUGUUGAAACCGCAAAAAUGUGUCGAUGGUGCCUAUCGUCGCCCACUGAUGCUAUGAAGGCUCUUGCGAACGACGAUUCUAGGCAAUAUGAAGUGCAAAAAAUCUUCGAUUUUACCGGUAUUCAGAUUGAAUUGUCUCCCGGAGUUCAAUCGUAUUUGUGUACGAUGUGCGAAUCGCGUCUGAAAAAAAUGGAUCUGUUUCGCUGGCGAUGCAAUCGAAACAAUGAUUUGGUCGAUAAAUUUAUCGAAGAGCAGAACAAAGCGAAGAAAGUAUCAGAAAUCAGUCAAAACCAUUUUGACCACUCUGCUGAACAAACGGUUGGCACAGAAUUGUCAAUUAAAACUGAAGUUACCUCACCGGAUACAGCGAAGCAUUUACACUUGAAUCAGAAGUGUUUUGAUGUUCAUCAAGCAAAUAGUACAUAUGAAUGUUGUGGCAAAAUAUCUGAUGAUUUAUUCGAGGCAGAAGAAAAUCCAAUUGCAAUUAAAUCAGAGUUCGAAGAGGUCGAGCAUGAGCAGCAUCAGCUGCAAACAACGAAUGAUGUUUUAAAACAGGAUAACCGCAAAAGCCAUCACAAAAAACGAAAGCACCACUGUCCUCAUUGUUCAUCAAUGUUCGCACACUCAUCUAGCCUAAAGAACCAUAUCUGCACUCGUACUGGCGAAAAGCCUUAUGUUUGUAGAGUCUGUGACAAAGCGCUCAGUUCAUCAAGGAAUUUGGCAGAACACUCGAAAAUUCACAAUAAGGACCAACAGUAUCAGUGUCCCCAUUGUUCAUCAAGGUUCGCAAAGUCAUCUAGUCUAAAGAUCCACAUACGCACUCACACCGGCGAAAGGCCAUACCAGUGUAAAAGCUGUGAAAAAGCGUUCAGGUCGGCAUUCGUUCUGGCAGAACAUUCACAAAUUCACAAUAAGGACCAACAUCAUCAGUGUCCCCAUUGUUCAUCAACGUUUGCAAGGUCGGGGAACCUAAUGAGACAUAUCCGCACUCAUACCGGCGAGAGGCCAUACCAUUGUAAAGUAUGUGACAAAGCGUUCAGAUCAUCAAGUAAUCUGGCCAAUCAUUCGAAAAUGCACAAUACUGACCAACAGUAUCAGUGUCCCCAUUGUUCAUCAAGGUUCGCACAGUUAUCUAGUCUAAAGAUUCACAUACGCACUCACACUGGCGAAAGGCCAUACCAGUGUAAAAGCUGUGAAAAGGCGUUCAGGUCGGCAUUCGUUCUGGCAGCACACUCGAAACUUCAUAAUAAGGACCAACAUCAUCAGUGUCCUCAUUGUUCAUCAAGGUUCGCACAGCCAUCUAAACUAAAGAUUCACAUACGCAUUCACACCGGCGAAAGGCCAUACCAGUGUAAAAGCUGUGAAAAAGCGUUCAGGUCGGCAUUCGUUCUGGCAACUCAUUCGAAAACUCACAAUAAGGGCCAACAGCAUCAGUAUCAUGCCGGCGAAAGGCCAUAAGGCCAUGGGUUAGAAUAAGUUUGAAUUUUGUAUCUUUGAAUACUCAAAUGUAUAAAUUCGGUGACAGCAGUUAGCAAAAGUUCACAAUCUGCAACGAUCAGACCAAUAAAAUU